UACCUAAUAAACUGGCCUCUGACUGUGUAUAUUGUGUGUUCAGGUUGGAGUGGGUGGGGCUGUACUGAUGACAUCACAGCCCAGUCGUACGGUCGUCAGCUGACAGCAGUUCUACUGCUCACGCUCAGUAACCUCCUCUUCAUCCCGCCAAUCGUCAUCGCUGUCCGACGCUGUUACAUCACUGAGGCCUCUGUCUACCUAUUUACCAUGUUCUUCUCUACUUUCUACCAUGCAUGUGACCAGCCUGGUUUAACAGUGAUGUGUAUCAUGGAUUACGACACUCUCCAGUACUGUGACUUCCUGGGUUCAGUCUGUUCUAUCUGGGUCACUGUUCUCUGCAUGGCCCGAGUCAGAGACACAUUCAAACACAUGUUGUUCAUGCUCGGUACUCUGCUGAUAGCGAUGUCCAUGCAGCUGGACCGGAGAGGACUGUGGAACAUGCUGGGACCCAUCCUCUGUGCUGUACUGGCCAUGGUGACCUCCUGGGUGUAUCGAGGGCUGAAGAGGAAACAGUGCUACCCCCCCUCUUGGCGGCGUUGGGUACUGUUUCUCCUCCCAGGCCUGGCCUCAGCGCUGGUCGGUGUGUGUGUGUACGUGUUUGCUGAGACGGAGGACAACUACCUGUACACACACUCUCUAUGGCACGUCCUGGUUGCCUCUAGUGUGGUGUUCCUUCUGCCUCCCAGAGAGACAGACUCCAUGAACACCUGGAGCCCUGGAGUCUGUGGUUACACACUCUGUCACAGCACCAAGGAGGAACUAUAUACUGUCACUUGACCUCUGACCCUGGACCUGUGGAGACCAACACUGUCACAUAGGUUUAAGGCUGUGACCAUACCAGUAUUGACAGAUUUGUUUUCCAUGGCAAAAAUGAAUAUCUGAAACAGACAACUCUUUUGUCCUUUAAUAACCUGCUGGAUGUAAAAUCUAGUGUUUUAUAGCCUGGAAAAACAUUAAUGAAAACAUAAUGAUGUUUAAUAACCCGCUGGAUGUAAAAUCUAGUGUUUUAUAGCCUGGAAAAACAUUAAUGAAAACAUAAUGAUGUUUAAUAAAUGCUGGAUGUAAAAAUCUAGUGUUUUAUAGCCUGGAAAAAAUGAAUGAAAACAUAAUGAUGUUUAAUACCCCGCUGGAUGUAAAAUCUAGUUUUUUAUAGCCUGGAAAAACAUUAAUGAAAACAUAAUGAUGUUUAAUAACCCGCUGGAUGUAAAAUCUAGUGUUUUAUAGCCUGGAAAAACAUUAAUGAAAACAUAAUGAUGUUUAAUAACCCGCUGGAUGUAAAAUCUAGUGUUUUAUAGCCUGGAAAAACAUUAAUAAAAACAUAAUGAUGUUUAACAACCCGCUGGAUGUAAAAUCUAGUGUUUUAUAGCCUGGAAAAACAUUAGUGAAAACAUAAUGAUGUUUAAUAACCCGCUGGAUGUAAAAUCUAGUGUUUUAUAGCCUGGAAAAACAUUAAUGAAAACAUAAUGAUGUUUAAUAACCCGCUGGAUGUAAAAUCUAGUGUUUUAUAGCCUGGAAAAACAUAAUGAUGUUUAAUAACCCGCUGGAUGUAAAAUCUAGUGUUUUAUAGCCUGGAAAAACAUUAAUGAAAACAUAAUGAUGUUUAAUAACCCGCUGAAUGUAAAAUCUAGUGUUUUAUAGUCUGGAAAAACAUUAAUAAAAACAUAAUGAUGUUUAAUAACCCGCUGGAUGUAAAAUCUAGUGUUUUAUAGCCUGGAAAAACAUUAAUGAAAACAUAAUGAUGUUUAAUAACCCGCUGAAUGUAAAAUCUAGAGUUUUAUAGUCUGGAAAAACAUUAAUAAAAACAUAAUGAUGUUUAAUAACCCGCUGGAUGUAAAAUCUAGUGUUUUAUAGCCUGGAAAAACAUUAAUGAAAACAUAAUGAUGUUUAAUAACCCGCUGGAUGUAAAAUCUAGUGUUUUAUAGCCUGGGAAAACAUUAAUGAAAACAUAAUGAUGUUUAAUAACCCGCUGGAUGUAAAAUCUAGUUUUUUAUAGUCUGGGAAAAUAUUAAUGAAAACAUAAUGAUGUUUCCAAUAUUAGGGCUGUUUUCCUAAAGAAGUUACAUCCUCUUGGUGUUUCCUUGAUACUAUGAAGUAAUACUGGUGUGGUCCCAGCUCUGCUCGCUGUGUGUGUGUGUAUAUAAUCCUGGUGUGGUCCCAGUAUGUAUAUAUAUAUAUAUGACAUAUAUUUCUGGUUAAGGAUAUGAAUGUUUUCAUAAUAAUAUAUUUAUAUGACAUCACUGCCUGCUAAUCCAUCAUGUCUUGCCCCUCCCUCUUCCUCCUUUCCUCCUCGUCCUCCUCUAGUUUAGAUUCACUACUAGAUAGAGGAGGACUGCUAGUAAAAUCAGGGGUGAGUGUAAUUAACUUGCAGAAACAGAAGUGUUUCGGGCCUCCAGAACCAGAACUGAACAGCCCUGAGUAAAGAAGUGCCAGAUUCUAGCAAUUAAGAUGUUUUUUCUCAUUGAUACAAUUUAUUUCUCUGUGUGUAGUUUUGAGGAGGUUAAAAGUCGUUUCACGAGUCAAUGCUAACUAGCAUUAGCAGAAUGAGUGGAAGUCUACCAGCACAGCUACAACCUGUAGACUGACGUUAUCUGUCUCGAUUCAAACACUGUAAUGGUAUAUUUACUCAAAGGAACCCUUUCCCUUGAGCAAGGCAGUUUACCCCCAACAACAACUGCUCCCCGGGUGCCGAUGUUGUGGACGUUGAUUAAGGCAGCCACCCCCCCGCACCUCUGAUUCAAAUGGGUUAAAUGCAUUCAGCCCCCCCCCCGCACCUCUGAUUCAAAUGGGUUAAAUGCAUUCAGCCCCCACCGCACCUCUGAUUCAAAUGGGUUAAAUGCAUUCAGCCCCCACCGCACCUCUGAUUCAAAUGGGUUAAAUGCAUUCAGCCCCCCCCCGCACCUCUGAUUCAAAUGGGUUAAAUGCAUUCAGCCAGCCCCCCCGCACCUCUGAUUCAAAUGGGUUACAUGCAUUCAGCCCCCCUGCACCUCUGAUUCAAAUGGGUUAAAUGCAUUCAGCCCCACCCCGCACCUCUGAUUCAAAUGGGUUAAAUGCAUUCAGCCCCCCCGCACCUCUGAUUCAAAUGGGUUAAAUGCAUUCAGCCCCCCCCCGCACCUCUGAUUCAAAUGGGUUAAAUGCAUUCAGCCCCCCCCCCGCACCUCUGAUUCAAAUGGGUUAAAUGCAUUCAGCCCCCCC